AGUCUUCAUGGAGAAGCUUGUUGCCCUUGCAUUUUUCUCUGCUUGUUUCUUCACUUGUUUCCCGCCAGGGAACUUUGUGCAUGGUGCUACAAUAUCAUCAUGUACCCAAACACCCUACCCUGAUGUCUGCUACCAUUUCAUGGGACAUGCUGUUAAUGUUGCAUCGACUCUUGCCCUCGAUCAAACCCUGUUAUCGUUCCGUGACCUCGCUUUCCAGGUCACCCUAGACCAAGCGGUUCAAGCUCAUCGGCUCGUCUCGACCAUGGACCUGAGUUCGUUCGACGAGCGAGCCAAAUUAGCUUGGAAUGACUGCUCGGAGCUUUACCAGGACACCAUUGUCCAUCUUAACCGAUCAAAGAGCAGUAGCAACCCAUUAGAUGCUCAAACCUGGUUAAGCGCCGCAAUUGCCAAUCAACAAACCUGCCAAAAUGGCUUCAUUGACUUCAACUUGGCCUCUCAUUUGCAAGCCUUACCAUCCAUGCUAGGCAACUUCUCCAAGUUGAUUAGCAAUUCACUGGCCAUAAAUAAGCCCACUGCUACCACCAAACAAGUAGGUAACACUAACAGACGCCUGCUUUCCCACGAAUUCCCUGCUUGGCUUUCGGGAGCAGACCGGAAGCUCCUGCAGAAAACCAGUGCACCGUUAAACGCUGAUAUCGUGGUGGCCAAAGACGGUUCCGGCAACUUCAAGACCAUAUCGGAGGCAGUGGCAGCAGUUGGCAGUGGACGGAGAACCGUCAUACACGUAAAAGCUGGUGUGUACAAUGAAAACGUGGAGAUUCCAAGGUCAGCUAAAAACAUAAUGUUGAUUGGAGAUGGGAUGGAUGCCACAGUUAUCAGUGGUAACAAAAAUGCUCAAACCGUCACAACUUUUCGUACAGCAACUGUUGGUGUAUCCGGCGACGGCUUCAUAGCUCGUGACAUAACUUUCGAGAACACCGCCGGACCCCAAAAACACCAGGCAGUGGCCCUCCGGUCCGGCUCCGAUUUCUCGGUCUUUUACCGUUGCAGCUUCAAAGGUUACCAGGACACCUUAUACGUCUAUACUCAACGUCAGUUCUACCGUGACUGUGACAUUUACGGAACGGUUGACUUUAUAUUCGGCGACGCCGUCGCCGUUUUACAAAACUGCAACAUUUACAUCCGAAGACCGAUGAGCGGCCAAAUGAACACCGUCACAGCACAGGCGAGAACCGACCCGAAUGAGAAUACGGGCAUAAUCAUCCACAACUCUCGCGUGACGGCAUCAUCUGAUCUGAGACCAGUUCAGGGUUCAUUCAAGAGCUACUUGGGGCGGCCAUGGCAGAAAUAUUCAAGAACUGUGUUUAUGAGGAGUGGCUUGGAUGGACUGAUCGAUGCAGAGGGUUGGCUACCGUGGAGUGGAAAUUUCGCCUUGAGCAGUGUUUACUAUGCCGAGCAUAUGAACACCGGCACCGGUGCAGGCACCGCUGGAAGAGUGAAUUGGGGUGGAUAUCAUGUUAUAGGCGCCGCAGACGCCGGGAAAUUCACCGUCGGAAACUUUCUCGCCGGGAAUGCUUGGAUUCCGGGAACCGGAGUGCCGUUCGAUGCUGGACUUUGAAUUUGUCGAUGGGUUGACGGGUGAUGCCAACAUUUGGAAGAUAUGUAAAUAUAAAAGUGACCGUUCCUGUUGAAAUUGUAAUAUAGGUUUCGUUGGUUAAUUACUUGGCUUUAUUGUGGAUAAUGCUGA